CUAGCAAACACAAAUUGCAAUUUCUUUUGACUUAUUGCAUUUACUUUCUUUCACGUUGAAACAAUGACCACCGCCACCACAUGGCUCCUCUUCCUUCUUCCAAUUCUAAUAACCACCGCCAUGACAUGGCGAGUAACUGCCGCCGGUAACGGACAAUGGCAACAACUACAAAAAAACAUAGGUAUUGUAGCCAUGCACAUGCAACUUCUUCACAACGACCGCAUCGUCAUUUUCGACCGAACUGAUUUUGGCUUAUCCAAUCUCUCUUUACCUAAUGGAAAGUGUCGUCAUGAUCCCAAAGAAACAACCGUUAAAACUGAUUGCACCGCUCAUUCCGUUGAAUAUGACGUUAAAUCCAACACUUUUCGUGCAUUGUUUGUUCAAACUGAUGUUUGGUGUUCCUCCGGCACGGUGAAUCCAAACGGAAUACUUAUCCAAACCGGUGGCUUCAACGACGGAGACCGUGCCGUCCGAAUCUAUAAUCCUUGUGACGACUGUGAUUGGCAAGAAUUUGACGGUGGACUUACCGCUCGGAGAUGGUAUGCCACCGAUCAUAUUUUGCCAGACGGUCGUCAAAUUAUAAUCGGAGGUAGAAAACAAUUUAACUAUGAGUUUUAUCCUAAGAAUCACGAGGUUGACAAAAAAGUGUAUAAUUUACCAUUUUUGGAUGAGACUAAUGACCGUGGUGAAGAGAAUAAUUUGUAUCCUUUUGUUUUUCUUAAUGUUGAUGGCAACCUCUUCGUCUUCGCCAACAAUAGAGCUAUCCUCUUGGAUUAUACUAAGAAUGCUGUGGUGAGAACAUUUCCACAAGUGCCAGGUGGGGAACCUAGGAGUUAUCCAAGCACAGGUUCUGGGGUAUUGUUACCCUUAAAAAAUUUACAAUCCAAAGCUGUAGAAGCUGAAGUUUUAAUUUGUGGAGGAGCCCCAAAAGGGUCAUUUCAGCUAGCAACAAAGAACAAAUUUCUUAAAGCUUUAAAUACUUGUGUCCGAAUCAAAAUAACCGACCCGAACCCAAAAUGGGUUAUGGAGACCAUGCCCGGGUCAAGAGUAAUGAGUGACAUGGUAAUGCUUCCAAACGGCAACGUUUUGAUAAUUAAUGGAGCAGGGUCAGGAACCGCCGGGUGGGAAUUCGGACGAGACCCGGUUUUGAACCCGGUUCUUUACAAAACGGAUAACCCAAUUGGAUCCCGGUUCGAAUUACAAAAUCCAUCUGAAACGCCAAGAAUGUAUCAUUCCUCAGCGGUUUUGGUUCGUGAUGGAAGGGUUCUUGUUGGUGGUAGUAACCCUUACAUUGGUUACAAUUUUAUUAAUGUGUUGUUUCCAACUGAACUUAGUAUUGAAGCUUUUUCUCCUUCUUAUCUAGAACCUAGAUUCGCGAAUGUUCGUCCCAAGAUUAUGUCUCAUAUUUCUGAGUCUCAAACAAAACUUAGGUACGGUCAGAAAUUGGUAUUACGAUUUCAAGUGAAAACAACAUUGGAUCGUAAUUUAUUAUAUGUUACAUUGUUGGCGCCUCCUUUUAAUACACACUCAUUCUCCAUGAAUCAGAGGUUGUUGGUGUUGGAGCCAAAUAAAGUAAAUAAUGUAGCGGGAACAACAUAUGAAAUUGUGGUUACUAUACCUGGUUCAACAAUUCUAGCACCUCCCGGUUUUUAUAUGUUAUUUGUGGUCCAUAAAGAAAUUCCUAGUGAAGGUAUUUGGAUACAAAUGCUUUGAUUUUCAAAUGUAAAGUGGUGCUCAAUAAUUUUUAUUUUUGUUCAAUUUGAUUUUCAAUAGUAGUAACAAAUAAAUAUAUCCCUAAUGGGAUUACAACAAAGACAAGUGGAGUGUCUGAAGUUUGUAUUUAUCUUUUAUUUAAUGGACUUUACAUUUUCCUUA